CUCAUCCAUCGCAAUCGGAAGCAACGGACGGACCGUGCAAUAUCGGGCCCAGUUUGUGGUGGUUACGACCGUUUUCGAAGGUGUUACAAGGCCUGUGAAGCAGGUGUAAGGUGAAAGAGUGUCCCCAAAGUUCUUCAAAAUUAGAUGCUCAAAGGAUCUUAAAGUGACAACGAAUGAUCAAUGACAUCAGCGAAAGUUUAAGUGUCGAGAAAUACCUCUCCAACGUGUGAAGUGAUAUCAUCUGUCAGUAAGCUCUAUAUGGCACCAGGAUGUAUCGGAAAGUCAUCAAUACUGCUUCGACAGCAUCGGCGACAGCUUCGCCGCCAGCAGCAACAUCAACACCAACAACACCCAGCAGCAAUGGCAGCGGGACGGCGAUGAACGGGAUUGCACUGCCGGGACUUCCCAAGCCACAGCGCAACGGUGGACCAGAGGCCAACAACUACAUCGGCUACCAGAGUCAUCACUACUGCCGAGUUGCUAACGAUAUCGACGACGAGGAAGAAUAUCUCAUUCAACGUACCGUGCAGGAAACGAAGGGAUGGGACGUGUUCCGGGACCCUCCGAUCAAGGAGGAUACGGGCUCGAUGGCGGACCAGGCCUGCCUGGAUCUGACGAUCAAGAUCCUGAAGAUAUUCGCCUACCUCAUCACGUUCAUCAUCGUGCUGCUCGGUGGUGUGGUGGCGAAGGGAUGCGUGCUCUUCAUGUCGUCGCAGUUGCGCCGCGACCGGAAGAUCACCUACUGCAACAGAGAUCUGGCCCGUGACAAGUCGUUCAUCGUUUCACUGCCGGAAGAGGAACGGAUAGCGUGGAUGUGGGCACUGAUGAUAGCGUUCGCCGUGCCCGAGAUCGGUACCUUCAUCCGGUCGACGCGUAUCUGCUUCUUCAAGUCGAUGAAGAAACCGCUCAAGUCACACUUUUUGCUAGUGUUUUUGAUGGAAUCGUUCCACACGAUCGGGCUGGUGCUGCUGUUCUUUGUCGUGCUGCCGGAGGUUGACUCGGUGAAGGGUGCCAUGUUGACCAACUGUCUGUGCGUUAUACCGGGUAUGUUGGGACUGUUUUCACGCACCAACAAAGAAGGUAAGCGUGCCGUCAAGACGAUCGUCGAUCUGGCGGCAAUUGCUGCACAAAUUACCGGAUUCGUCGUGUGGCCCCUGUUGGAAAAUCGACCAGUCCUGUGGUUGAUCCCGAUUUCGGCACUGCUAACGUCCUGCGGAUGGUGGGAAAACUACGUCUCACCGCAGAGUCCAUUCUCGUUCGUACGAUCGCUCGGUCGGGUGAAGGAGGAUCUGAAGCAAACGCGUUACUUCACCUACAUGUUCCUGUCGGUGUGGAAGAUCAUGCUGCUGUUCUGCUUCGUGCUGGUAAUACUGUUUGUGCGUGGCGAUGAAGUGGCCAACCUGUUCUCGCUCUUCGGCGCGGGCUACGGUCCACACAAGAUCGUGGUGGAAGAGGUUGCGCUUCCGUUUAGCUCUGCACUGCCCGAUCUGGUGGAAGCCGCCCAGGCGGUCGAUACGAUCGAUAUUGAUGCCGCCUACAACACGGUCACGUAUGUGCUCAUCAUCCAAAUACUGGCCGCUUACUUGUGCUACAUUUUCGGCAAAUUCGCUUGUAAGAUCCUGAUCCAGGGCUUCAGCUACGCGUUCCCCGUGAAUCUAACUGUGCCGGUGGCGAUUUCGUUGCUGAUCGCUGCCUGUGGCAUCCGCAACGAUGAUCCGUGCUUUUUCCACGGUUCCAUACCGGACUAUCUGUUCUUCGAAAGUCCACCCGUGUUUCGGUUGAACGAUUUCGCCUCACGCCAGAUGGCGUGGGCCUGGUUGCUGUGGUUGCUCUCGCAAACCUGGAUCACGCUGCACAUCUGGACCCCGAAGUGCGAACGUUUGGCCAACACGGAAAAGCUGUUCGUGACGCCCAUGUACAGCGCGCUGCUGAUCGAUCAGUCGAUGGCGAUGAACCGGCGGCGGGACGAUCAGGCGGACGUGAAAACGGAAGAUCUGGCCGAAAUUGAGAAAGAAAAGGGUGAUGAAUACUACGAAACCAUCUCGGUGCACACGGACGGGUCGGCGUUGCCGCGGCCCAGCGUCAAGUCGUCCGAUCACAUCACGCGCAUCUACGCGUGUGCAACGCUGUGGCACGAAACGAAGGAAGAGAUGAUGGUGUUCCUGAAGUCGAUCAUGCGAAUGGACGAGGAUCAGUGCGCACGUCGCGUUGCACAGAAGUAUCUGCGCAUCGUCGAUCCGGACUAUUACGAGUUCGAAACACACAUCUUCUUCGAUGACGCGUUCGAAAUCUCCGACCACAGUGACGAGGACAUCCAGUGCAAUCGGUUCGUGAAGAUUCUCGUGGAUACCAUUGAUGAGGCUGCUUCGGAAGUGCAUCAGACAAACAUCCGGCUUCGACCACCGAAGAAAUACCCGACGCCGUACGGCGGUCGGCUGGUGUGGACGCUACCCGGCAAAACGAAGAUGAUCGCGCAUCUGAAGGACAAGGAUCGUAUUCGGCAUCGUAAGCGUUGGUCUCAGGUGAUGUACAUGUACUAUCUGCUCGGUCACCGGCUGAUGGAGCUGCCGAUAUCCGUCGACCGUAAGGAAGUGAUGGCGGAGAACACCUACCUACUGACGCUGGACGGCGAUAUCGACUUUAACCCGAGCGCCGUAACGCUGCUGAUCGAUUUGAUGAAGAAGAAUAAAAAUCUGGGCGCGGCGUGCGGUCGCAUUCAUCCGAUCGGAUCGGGACCUAUGGUGUGGUACCAGAAGUUCGAGUACGCUAUCGGCCAUUGGCUGCAGAAGGCAACGGAGCACAUGAUCGGUUGUGUACUUUGUAGUCCGGGUUGCUUUUCACUGUUCAGAGGAAAGGGUCUGAUGGACGACAAUGUGAUGCGUAAGUACACUACACGUUCGGACGAGGCCCGGCACUACGUGCAGUACGAUCAGGGUGAGGAUCGUUGGCUGUGUACGCUGCUGCUGCAGCGCGGCUACCGUGUCGAGUACUCGGCUGCCUCGGACGCUUACACCCACUGUCCGGAAGGGUUCAACGAGUUCUACAAUCAGCGCCGCCGCUGGGUACCGUCCACCAUCGCCAACAUUAUGGACCUGCUAAUGGACUACCGGCGUACGAUCAAGAUCAAUGACAACAUCUCGCUGCUGUACAUCUUCUACCAGAUGAUGCUGAUGGGCGGUACGAUCCUGGGCCCUGGCACGAUUUUCCUCAUGUUGGUGGGUGCGUUCGUAGCCGCCUUCAAGAUCGACAAUUGGACCUCGUUCUACUACAACAUCAUACCGAUAUUGCUGUUCAUGUUGGUUUGUUUCACGUGCAAGUCGAACAUCCAGCUGCUGGUGGCACAGAUACUGUCCACGGUGUACGCACUGAUCAUGAUGGCCGUAAUCGUCGGUACCGCGUUGCAGCUCGGCGAGGACGGAAUCGGAUCACCGUCGGCCAUUUUCUUGAUAGCAAUGACAGGGUCAUUCUUCAUAGCAGCCUGUCUCCAUCCGCAAGAGUUCUGGUGCAUCGCCUCCGGUAUCAUUUACCUGCUCUCCAUUCCAUCCAUGUACCUGCUGCUGAUUCUGUACUCCAUCAUCAACCUGAACGUUGUCUCCUGGGGUACUCGUGAGGUAGUAGCGAAGAAAACGAAAAAAGAGCUAGAGCAGGAAAAGAAGGACGCGGAAGAGGCUGCAAAGCGUGCGAAGCAGAAGUCGCUGCUCGGCUUCCUACAAGGAGGCGUCGGAAACGGUUCGGACGAGGAAGGUUCGAUCGACAUCUCGAUUGCGGGGCUGUUCAGAUGUUUGCUGUGCACGCACGGCAAAACGACCGACGAGAAGGCUCAGCUCAUUCACAUCGCCGAUGCGCUCGAUGCAAUUACGAAGAAGAUUGAAAAUCUGGAAAAACACAUCGAUCCUCAUGGGCACCAUACGCGCAAGCGUACUGCGUCGGCUGGUUCGAAGGAUCACCAUCUGGGAUCGGUUGCGGAGGACACGGAGGAUGACGACGAAGAUGAGCAGUCGGAGACGUCUACGAUGCAGCGCGACGAGCGCGAUUUCCUGACGAACCCCUACUGGAUCGAAGAUCCGGAUCUGAAGAAGGGCGAGGUGGACUUUAUCUCCAGCACCGAGAUUCAGUUCUGGAAGGAUCUGAUCGACAAGUACCUUUAUCCGAUCGAUCAGAACAAGGAGGAACAGGCACGUAUUGCGCACGAUCUCAAGGAGUUGCGGGACUCCGCCGUGUUCGGGUUCAUCAUGAUCAAUGCACUGUUUGUGCUGAUCGUCUUCUUGCUACAGCUCAACAAGGACAACAUCCACGUCAAGUGGCCGUUGGGUGUUAAAACUAACAUCACCUAUGAUGAAGCCACGCAAGAGGUUCACAUCUCGAAAGAGUACCUCCAGCUGGAACCGAUCGGUUUGGUGUUUGUGUUCUUCUUCGCGCUCAUUCUGAUCAUCCAGUUUGUGGCCAUGAUGUUCCAUCGGUUCGGCACGCUGUCGCACAUUUUGGCCUCGACCGAGCUCAACUGGGCCUGUAACAAGAAGCCGGAGGAGCUGUCGCAGGAUGCUCUCAUAGAUAAGCACGCGGUCGAGAUAGUGAAAAACUUGCAGCGAUUGCAAGGCAUCGAUGGAGACUACGAUAACGAUUCGGGCAGUGGUCCGGACCGUAUCGCUAGACGCCGUACGAUUCAGAACCUUGAAAAGGCACGGCAACCACGGCGCCAGAUCGGUACGCUCGAUGUGGCGUUCAAGAAACGGUUCCUGAAGCUGACGGCCGAUGAGAACAAUACGGCCACGCCGAUCCUAACCCGCCGCAUGACGAUGCGCCGCGAAACGAUACGUGCGCUGGAGGUGCGCAAGAACUCGGUAAUGGCGGAACGGCGCAAAUCGCAGAUGCAAACGCUCGGUGCGAACAACGAGUACGGUAUUACCGGCGUACCGAAUGGAAACAAUAACGCCCCACCCAGACCGACGCGUACCUCGAAUGCGGGAGUCAGUGUGAAGGAUAUCUUUAACGUAAACGGUGGACCUGGUGGCGAGAUCUACGGCGUCACCGGGCAAGUGAACCAAGCGUACGAACCGGUGAUCGAGGAUGAUGAUCGUAACUCGCUGCGCAUGCAGCCACGGAAUCAGGUCACCUGGGGCAACAACGGUAACGCACGGUUGUGAGCACGGAACUCGACCGGCUACGAAGUCAAUCAGGAUUUUAGAGGCGAUUUUGAUGUCUUGCAAUGGGCCGACAAAACUACCUACGAACGAUAGGAGCGAAUGAGCGUGUAUGCAUUAGCGGUGAAGUGUGAUUGUUGUGAAACACUAAUUUAUAGACUCGAUACUACUUUAAGCGAUCGUGUGAAAAGGGAUGAAUGAAAACUGUUUAAGCAAGACAAGAGAAGAAAAAAAAAAACGUUACAGCUAUAAGAUAGAUAGACCUCUCUUCAAGACCUCUUUCAAGUCAAUUACCCAACAAUGCUGAACGAAUUCUUAGCCUCGUACGGGCACGGUUUUCAAUUUUUCCACAGACAGUGUUCCACUACUUCUACUGCCACUGCAAUUCUAUAAAAAAAGACAGGUAAAAGCUCAACUUGAUUACAACCGUAAGGCGCACAGUGUAUAGCUUACGUUACAAAACACUACCACUAAAUACUCAUCAAUGUAGAACAAUUUAGUAAUUGCUAAGCGCAAUUGAGAUCGUUUCAAUGACAUCCUACAAAACAAAAAAAAAAGAAAAAGAUUCGGAUGGUAAAAUUGAUCGUAACCAUCACUGCCGAUAAUCUCAAGGCGAAGAAGCAAAGCGUUCACCCGCCAAUGGUGUAACACUCUGCUUCGAAACGUAGGAUAUUUAUUUAAUUACGGCUGGCGUCAGAAAUACACCGCCGAGCAACACUGCCACAGUGAGGUCGCCAAACGAAUCACACGAAACCGUCGCGUUGUUGCGUUCCAAAAUUAAGCGAUUUCCUUUGUAAAUAUGUACAACGGUGUGCAGGACUCGGUGCCCGACCGCACCGAGGCUACACGCUCCUUAUACUUCACUUUACUUAAUUACAAUUCGAAUCUUUUGACGUUCGUUGUGUGAACCUUGGCAAACCGGGGGUUACCGAAUUUCGAAAGCCCGAAUGUAAUAUGGAACUCGAAUGUGAUGUUUACACAGAAGAUUGUACUCUGCAAUAAAAUUGAUAUUUUUAAAUACUUUUU